UGGGCGAGGCGGCGGCGCGGGGUGCGGGAGGAGGAGGAGGCGCGCAGCGAUGGCGGCGGCGGCCGCGGGCGCGUUCAGCAUGAGGGAGGUGCUGGACGCGUUCCGCGGGUGCGUGACGGAGCAGCGGGAGGUGCUGCUGGAGCCCUACCUGAGCGGCUGGCGGGGGCUCAUCCGCUUCCUCCAGAGCCUCGGCGCCGUCUUCUCCUUCAUCUCCAAGGACGCCGUGGCCAAGGUGUCUCUCCUGGAGGCUCUUUGCCAGCGCCAGCGCUUCGUGUCAGUGCAAUCCAUGGUGCAGCAGGAGCUCGCAGCGGGCCCCGCAGCGCUGCGGGCUCGGCCCGACUCGGGCUGCCGCACCCUGCUGCGGCUGCACCGCGCCCUGCGCUGGCUGCAGCUCUUCCUGCAGGGGCUGCGCUCGGGGGAUUCCCGCACCUCCGUGCUCUGCACCGACGCCUACAACGCCUCUCUGGCCGCCCACCACCCUUGGGUGGUCCGCAAGGCGGCCACGCUGGCGUUCUGCGCGCUGCCGUCCCGCGAAGCCUUCCUGGAGAUCAUGAACGUGGGCCCGCCCGAGGAGGCGCUGGCGGUGCUGGGGGAGGCGGUUCCCUGCAUCGGGGCUGUGUACGGCAUCACCCAGGAGCUGCUGGAGCGGCACCGCCUGCUCGACCUGCCCUGACUGCGGUGGAAGCGCGUCUGGGGGGAAAUUCUCGUUUUGGGGGUGGAAAUUCUCUUUUUCGGGGU